GGAUUUUUGUAAUGGUACACACGUGCUUUCGAGAAAAACCAAAACAAACUCGAAACGCACGUUGUUGAGGACCUCGAUGCCAAAGACACAGAUAAGACAACAUCUAUAGGCGUUAUGAGUGAAAAGAUGGACCAUGCCGACGAACAUGCAGACAAACCAACAACUGUAGAGGAAAACGUGGCUGAUGAUAUGGACCAACACACAGAUGAGCCGACAUCUGCAGAAGUAGAGGCCCCGAAAUCGGAAAUUAGAUCAACAGUCCAGUGUCAGGUGUGUGGGGACAACCCAGCCAAGUAUCGCUGUCCUGGAUGUGAUCAACGCACAUGCUCCUUGCCAUGUGUAAACAAACACAAACUGGUGACUGGCUGUGAUGGAAAACGUAACAAAACAGCCCACAUUGCAAUGAAGGACUUCACAGACACUCAUCUACUUAAUGAUUACCGCUUUCUGGAGGAUGGUUGUCGAAAAAACAACAGUUGUCAGCGAGACUUCCUGAAGAUAAAACAUGACAAACCCAAAGCACUGAUGAAAUUAAUCCGUCAUGCUGAAUCUCUGGGUAUUGAAUUGCGAACUAUGCCAUAUCCGAUGUCCAAACGCAAGAAUAAUCGAACAAUCUUCCUCUACAAAACCAAGGAAAUUCUGUGGCAGAUUGAAUGGAAAUUCCCCAGUGCUGAUGCAAGUUUCAUGGACAAGAAACAGAAUCAGAACCUCACUCUGGAGACACUUCUGAAUAAGUACCUCCACCCAACUGAGGCUGAUCCACUGGUACGGCAUCAGCUACGGCAGUACGUGGAGGCAGGCAUCGCAGGGUGUCGUCUGCUGAUGAAGGCUGAAGUCAGACCGGCUAAUGAUGUCAGGUAUCAUGAGCUGGACCUCAGCAAGUCUGUCUUGGAAAACCUCCGUGGGAAGUGUGUCGUGAGAAUACCCCACGAUUAAUGUCGUCCUACCUUCUUGCUGCCACAACUACACCCUUUUGUCUAAGGAGGAAGAAGACAAACUGUGGCAGGAGAGAAGACGAGGAAACUUCUCACGACAAAGAGACUUUACACCCUAUCAGCAGAAACCCCAACAUAAGGGAGACAACUCUACACUGGCACAGAGAGAUUUAAAUAUCACAAAGAAUGUAGCAAUGGCCUCAGAUGAAGGAUCAAGUCUGAAUACCUUAUAGAAUAUGUACCAAUGAUUACAAUUAACUACCUAUGUGAUUGCGUUAUAUCACUGUCAUAUUGCUUGGUAGGUGAGUUAUUUACUCAUUCAGAAAAGGUGUCAGGGGCAAAUGGCAGUUAAAAGUAAGCGGGAAAGAUUUAUUGAAGUUAUGAUCGUGGGUACUCUUGCUUUGAUGUAUAUUGAAUUGAGAGUUCAAUAUUUUGUGAAUGUGAACCACGAAAUGAAAGAUUGUUUGUUGAAAUGCUUUUUAUGUUACUGUAAACUUUGAACCUGUUACCACCAUGGGCUGUUGGAGGUCUAUCCUGAGAUUCAUGUUGACAUCAUUGGUUAAUGACAUCCUGUUCCAAUAAACAUGAAGGAUAUGUUUAA